AUGAAAAGCACCGGUUUCACCUCUGAAUGCUUGCAGCCGAAGCGCAUAAUACUGGUUCGCCAUGGGGAGAGUGAAGGAAAUCAAGAUGAAGAAGUUCUUGAAUAUAUACCUAAUUAUAAAAUCAAAUUAAGCAAUAAAGGGAUUGAGCAGGCUCAAAACGUUGGUUCUGAGAUCAAGAAAGUGGUAUCAGAAUAUGGAGAAUCGGAAAACUGGAAGGUCUUGUUUUACGUGUCUCCAUCAGAGCGCACGAAGCAGACACUGGGAACGAUAAUCGGGGAGGAAUUUCCAGAGGAAAAAGUGAUUGGAUUGAAGGAAGAAUGCAGGCUGAGAGAACAGCAUUUUGGGAAUUUCCAGGAGCUUGAGAAGAGGAAGAAGAUAAAGCGAAACAGAAACAGGUACGGGAAAUUCUUCUACCGGGUGCCUGACGGGGAAUCCAGCGCCGAUGUUUAUGACAGAGUUUCCAGUUUUCUUGAAACUCUAUGGAGGGAAAUGGAAACAAACAGGCUAAACAGCAGCAACCCUUCAGAGGAACUGAAUCUGAUAAUUGUUUCCCAUGGAUUGACCAUUCUUCUGUUACUCAUGAAAUGGUUCAAUUGGACUGUCGAGCAAUUUGAGGGACUCAAAAAUCCACAAAAUUGUGAAUACAAAGUUCUGCAAUUAGGUUGCAAUGGAGAAUACAGUCUGGCUAUUCAUCACAAAUUGGAAGAACUGCAUGCAUGGGGGCUGUCUGAAGAGAUGAUUCAGGACCAAAUAUUUCGGGCUUAUGGCACCAAAAAUAACCUCAAGAACACCAAAUUUUUGCCAAAAUCUGAUGUUUUUUUUUAG